UCUGCACAAAAUCUAUUAAAAUUUUAUAAGAAGCGCUAAAAGAUUUAUUUUUUUCCAGUAAAGAAGAAAAGUAAAAGAAACAACAUAUUUUGAUGUAGAAGGAAAAAUAUAUAAAAAAGCGAAUAUCAAAAAAUAUACAAAACAAGUAAAUUGCAAGCAGGGUGAAAAAUGGAUGAAUCAAAAUGGAUCUCUUAAUACUUAUCAUAACUUUCACAUGUAUGAAUAAUAUAAUCGUGUCGUCAACAUGUCCUUCGAAAUGUUCAUGUGUAAACACAACAAUCCAUUGUGUAAAUCAAUUCUUGUCGCGAAUACCAAGAGAUAUAUUAAACUCGACGACACAUUUUUAUCUUGAUGGCAACUUCAUAUCCACUGUACAUUCUGAUGAUUUUACAAACGCAAUGAACUUAGAAGUGUUAGGGUUAUCCGCAAAUAAAAUCACACACAUUCAAGGGAGAUCAUUUUUACCGUUACAGAAGUUAGAAAGUCUGAUUCUCAGUGACAAUCAGCUCUCAAUGAUAAACAAUGAAACAUUCGACGGACUUUUAAAUUUAAAAACAUUGGAAAUGUCUAGUGUUGCACCUGCAGGAACACCACUAUGUAUCAUGAAUAAUACAUUUCAAAGACUUGGAAAACUUCAGAAACUUAAACUUGAUCGAAACAACAUCAAGUAUAUUUCCGACGAAACCUUUAAAGGCUUGCAUUCUUUGACAACAUUGGAUCUCUCAGAAAAUACCAUUCAGGUCAUAUCAUCAAAGGUAUUUCUCCAUAUACCAGGAAUAAUAAGUUUGAAAAACAAUAUAAAUUUACCGUGUUGUUGCAGUACAAUACAAGCACAUAAAAACUCAACAAUAGCACCAACAGUAAAAUGUAGCAGCCAGGUGGAUGGUACAUUAAAGGACACUGUCUCAACAGAUUGCGGUACCGAUAUAAUACCAGUUUGUUACCAAACUAUUUUAUCCACUUGCGAGAUAGAAGGAAGGCAUAGUACGGUUACCACCUUAUUUCAAUUAUACUCAUCAAAAAGCUUCUCUUCAUAUGACACUCAACACAUAACCAUCACAGAAAGAAACAAUAACUCUGCUCUACAGAACCUCCGUGUUUUGACUACAUUACCUUCACUACACACGACGUGGAAAACAAACACAUCGUUGCAAGUGAACCCUUAUGUUUUAACGACACACAACUUUCAAAACUUAACAUUAAUAACAGUUGCAACAGAGUCUUCAUCCGUGUUUUGGUCUACUAUGGUUAAAAGUGAAAGUAGUAUCAAACAUACACUCUCAUAUGUUGUUGAACCAACAUUACAUUCCUUUCUCUCAACGAAUAAUGCAGGUUCAUCACCAUUCUCCUUUCUCUCAAUGAAUAAUGUAGGUUUAAUAUCAUUCUCUUUUCUCUCAACGAAUAAUGCAGAUUCAACUUCUUUUCUCCCAACGGCUGUUGCAAGUCAUUCAAUGAGUAGAGUUAUUGCACCAAGUACGGUCGAAGUGCUCUCUUCUUCACGUUCAGUAAUUCAAGACGCUUUAACAAAUGAAGACUCUGGGAUGAAGGGAUGGUUGAUAUUUGUGAUAGCUGCAUCGUGUCUGAUCAUAGUAAUCUCUUUUGUGAUGUUUGCUCUCUUUAUAAGAAAGAGUAAACGAGGAGGCUCAUUCUGGCCCUGGAGAAAAAUUCACGCAAAAGAGCAGCAUGAGUUGACAGAGAGGAAUGAUACGUAUGGUGGAAAUGAAAGAGUAAACGAAGGCUUUGUAGAAAGCUAAUUGGCAAGUUGAUUUACUUUGACAAAAGAGGACAGGUGUUUUGCAUAGGAUUGGGGGUAUAUUAUUAACGUAAAACAAACCUGCAAAUUGCGCUUUUAAACAAUUACGCCAAUAACGGGUAAAUUUUGUAUGCAUUUACGCCAUCAACACAACGAUAUGCGAUUGUUUGAUUUUUACAUUGUACACAGUUGAGAGAAAAAAUAUGCUAUAGUAAAAAUUCAAAAAUUACUUUUUAAAGUCCAUAUUUUCUUGUUAAAAAAAGUGUAGCUAUUAUAUUUUGAUGAACGUUUCCAGCGUUACUGUUGGUAACAAAUUUUCAUAUUUAAUAAAGUUAAAACCAUUUCUUUUAUUUUCAUUAACAUUUUAAGAAAACGUUUUCCUAGUAUAUAUUUUCUUUUUCCAUAAAUUUGAACCCCAUACUGACAAAAAGACAAACAUAUACACUUUCUUAUGGAAACGUUUGAGUUCAAGAUUUUUUAAAAAACUUUUAGUCGGGCCCAUGUUCUAUAACUUUGAAAUUCUUUCAAGAAAGAGCCCUGAGAAUUUAUGAAUUUCUUGUCAAUGCUAAUAUUCUUUAACAUAUCUCCCUUUUGUUUCUUGUAAACGUGUUUUUACAAGCUCGUGAGCUUGUAUUAAAACGCAAAUGUGUCCUACAAGAAUGGAAAUUUUUGCCUCUCUGAGCACCGACACGGGAGUAGUCGUGUGUUCGAAUCUCAUCUUGGUAACUAUUUUUACUUUUUUUUUCUUUUUACUAUCUCGCCCGCGAGGACGUGUUUACAGACUGACCUAACGAAAAUUGAAAUUUCGAGAAAUUUUCUAUCAAUAUUAUUGCCUAUCCGAAUAGCAAAAUACAUCGUGUCUAACUUCAGCUUUUUAUAAACUUUUUGGCGAGGUUGUUUGCGUAUAUCAUACGUCUUGUUUAUAUUAAAAACAAACACAGAGCUUUUUAAGUUUCUCACACCUGAAGCUUUCACCCUGCUGUAAGUUUUUUUCAGUUUUUUACAUAUUUUUUCACUGCGUCAGAUAUUUCAAAGGAUAUGUAUAUAAUAUAACAUUUGUCUGGAAUAGAUAGUG